GCUGAGAUGCACAGCGAUGAGGAUUGCACUGCAUGGGUUCGCUCGUCCCCAGCCGAUCUGUAUUACAAACGCAUUUCGGCUAGUGUCGUCGAGUCAAAAUCCCGGCUCAACAACCUGUGCCAACUAUUCGAUAAAGUGUUGCUGCAAAGGACAACCAACGUAAGGGCGACCUGGCCGACGAACGAAUCACCAUCGCGCCGUCGCAAGUUCAAGAUACUCGACCAGCGAUCUUCCUCAUCGGAUUCGUCGGACGAGGACGAGCUGAAGGUUGAAUCCACGGAGGAGCUGAUCAACAAAAUACGACAUCCACUUCGGUUGCACAGCGAGCUAUGGUAUAAUGAUCCAGGCGAGCUGAAUAACGGGCCAUUGUGCCGUUGUUCGGCACGAUCGCGCAGCACCGGUAUCCAUCACGGCAAGUAUCGUGGGGAGCACCGUUUCCCCAAAUGUAUCCCGAAUUCGAACAACGCCGACAAGCUACAUCACUAUCGCAUCACCAUCUCGCCAUCAACGAACUUUUUCAUCCAAAAUCCAACCAUCAUCGAGCACGAUGAUCACGAGUUCCUGUUUGAGGGGUUUUCUUUGCUAACGCACCAAUCGAUCGAAGAGCUGCCAAGCUGCAAGAUGAUCAGGUAUAACAUCGAGUACACGAUCCUGUACCAAGCUGAGCCGAUGCCGCAAAACUUCACGAUCCGCGAGCUGGACCUAUUCGAACGCUACUUCUUCCGGGAGCUGCUCGAGCUGAUCGACUUCAACGUGCAACCUUCGGGGACAGAGGUCAAUUCCUCUUGCUCCUGCUAUCACUUUCUGCCACGUUUCGUGCGCGAUCUACCAGACAACGGUAAAGAGGUGCUUGCAAUGAGCGAAGUGCUACGCUACUUGCUGGACAAUUCUGGACCCCUCGUACUGCCGGAGAUGAUGGCGAUGGCGCGAGCGAGCGAGUGGCAGUACUACGUCGAUUACGUUAACGGGAUGAUCGUGACAAUCCCAGGUGCGAAACCUCACUCCUUGCGAGUCGAUCAACUUAAUCUCGACAUGCCGCAGACAAAGGCUCUUAACUGGUACCCAACGAUAGUGCACUACAGCUACCGUUCACCAAAGCUGUGCAACGCGAGCAACCCCGCAUACCAAAAGGUAUGGCAAGAGUACAUCAAAAACAGACAUCUGGUGGCCAGCAUGGUAAAGCCAACCAUGGAGGAUCUGCAUAAACUAGAGACGAUUGAAAAACGGUUGCUCGACAUGCGUAACAUGCAGGGAACCCUCAAGCGCAACGUCAAAAUUACGAUCAGUGCAAAGUCCUUCCACCGAACUGGCAUUCGAGUAGAUGUCGUGCAGCAUGCAAUGCUCAUUCCAGUACUCACUGACCACCUGCGUUUCCAUCGAUCGUUGGACGUGUUAGAGAAACAGAUCGACUAUCGUUUCACUAACCGCUACACACUUCAGCUUGCACUCACACACGGCACCUACGCAAACAACGGUGGCACGAAUCCAGAUCACGUGCGCAACGUACUCGCCAAUUGUGGUAUCCUAAAUAUGAACCCGCGCAAACGUAAUGUCCACUCAAUGAUUCGGCCGCAUUCGGGCAAGAAAAGCGAAACCGCAUUCAACCGGCGACAUAAUGAGCGACUUGCGUUCCUCGGCGAUGCUGGUAUCGUAUUCAGCGCUUCUGUGCCUCUGUUCCACAUGUUUCCCAAUCUCGGAGAAGGUGGACUAUCCGUGUACCGAGGAGCGAUCGUGGAAAAACAACAUCUUGUCGUACUGGCCAAAAAGCUGCAUCUGGAGGAGUUCUUGCGAUGCGCGCAUGGUUCCGCAGCAUCUAACCGCACGGUGGCGGAUUGCUUCCAAGCACUGAUGGGUGCGCUUCUGCUGGAUGGAGGUAUCGCCGUGGCCAGCCGUGUUUUCGCCAGCACCCUUUACGGUCCGGAUGAACCGAAACUACACGAAAUCUGGACCAACUAUCCGCGGCAUCCGCUGCAACAACAGGAACCAAAUGGUGAUCGGCAUCACAUUGAAUGGUGCGAGAGGCUUAAAACACUGACGCGCUUCGAGGACUCGAUCGGCGUAAAGUUUAACCACAUACGUUUGUUGGCUCGCGCAUUCACCGAUCGGUCGAGGGGCUACACUGCGCUGACUCUCGGCACAAACCAGCGCCUCGAGUUUCUGGGCGACGCAAUGCUGAAGCUGAUCGGUACCGAGCAUGUGUACCGCCACUUUCCCAAGCACCACUCACGACACCUUGCAAACUGGCGCAACCAGCUCGUUUGCAACAGGACGUUGGCCACGGUGUGCGACGAUCUGGGCAUGGCACACUAUGCCAUCAUCUCGAACCCGAAGACGGAGCUGAAAAUGAAGGAUCGAGCCGAUUUGUUGGAAGCCUUCAUCGGUGCAUUGUACGUUGAUAAGGGGCUGCUGCACUGCGAGAAGUUAUGCGAGGUGUGUCUGUUCCCGCGAUUGCACGAACUCAUCGAGAACCAGGAGCGGAAUGAUCCCAAGACGAAGUUGCAACAGUACUGCCACGCGACGCACCCCACGUAUGGUAGCACUCCAGACCAUCCGCUCUACAAGCUGAUUGGUUGUAUCGGUUCAAUGAAAAACCGCGUCUGUACGGUUGGAGUGUAUUUCCAAGGCAAACAGUUAGCAAUUGCGAACGGUCAUAGCAUCCGACAAGCGGAAGAGAACGCUGCCAGACUGGCACUCGAACAGUGCAAGGACCUAUUUCUGCCGCUUCGCAAUAAGAAGCACCUCAUGUCGCAGAAGCUACGAGAUCAGAAGGUACCGUCGUCCUCCAAUGUUAGGGAGCAGCAAUCACCGAAAGCCAAAAUUCAAGAUCAGAGUUACAACAGUGACCUCUAUGAUUUCGUAUCGGAUGAUGACCUCUAUGAUUUCGUAUCGGAUGAUGACCUCUAUGAUUUCGUAUCAGAUGAUGACCUCUAUGAUUUCGUAUCGGAUGAUGAUCUCUAUGAUUUCGUAUCGGAUGAUGAUCUCUAUGAUUUCGUAUCGGAUGAUGACCUUUAUGAUUCCGUAUCAGAUGAUGACGAUUUAGGUUUAAAGGAUAUCAUUUCGAAUUCAGAUCCCAAAUUAAUCAAAAGAGCUUAG